GGUGCUGGUGCUCCGAUUGGUAGACACUCCACUGACGUCAAAUACAGCGGGUUGGUAGCACUGCUGUCCCAAUCUUGUUUUUUCUCGGGCUUGUCGGGCAGUCUGCGGGGAAAAUAUGGCGGAGGUCGAUGUGGAUGUUGAUAAUCUGAUCACGAGAUUGCUGGAAGUGCGCGGAUGUCGGCCGGGCAAGCCGGUCCAGAUGACCGAGCUGGAGGUGCGCAGCCUCUGCCUCAAGUCGCGCGACAUCUUCCUGUCGCAGCCCGUGCUGCUCGAGUUAGAGGCGCCGCUCAAGAUUUGCGGUGACAUUCACGGCCAGUUUACAGACCUGCUGCGCGUUUUCGAGUACGGUGGCUUUCCGCCGGAAGCCAACUACUUGUUCCUCGGCGACUACGUCGACCGGGGCAAACAGAGCCUGGAAACCAUUUGCCUUCUGCUAGCGUACAAGAUUAAGUAUCCUGAAAACUUCUUCCUGCUGCGAGGAAACCACGAGUGUGCAUCCAUUAAUCGCAUUUAUGGCUUUUACGACGAGUGCAAGAGAAGAUUUAACAUCAGAUUAUGGAAGACGUUCACAGACUGCUUCAAUUGUCUGCCGAUCGCCGCCAUAAUCGACGAGAAAAUCUUUUGCUGUCACGGUGGUCUCAGUCCUAACCUCCACAGUAUGGAAGCAAUCAGGGAAAUCAAGAGACCUACAGAUGUACCAGACACUGGGCUGGUGUGCGACUUGCUGUGGUCAGACCCUGACAAGGACGUGGUUGGAUGGGGAGAGAACGAUCGCGGCGUGAGCUUCACGUUUGGCUCGGACAUUGUGACCAAAUUCCUGAACCGGCACGACAUGGACCUGAUCUGCCGGGCGCAUCAGGUGGUCGAGGACGGGUACGAAUUCUUCGCUAAGCGGCAACUGGUCACGCUCUUCUCGGCGCCCAACUACUGCGGCGAGUUUGACAACGCCGGCGGCAUGAUGUCUGUCGACGAGACCCUUAUGUGCUCGUUCCAGAUCCUCAAGCCGUCCGAGAAGAAGGCCAAAUACGUGUACACGGGCCUCAACUCGGGUCGGCCCUUUGCCCAAGCCCAGAAGCAGAGUCCCAAGAAGUGAAUCCUCUGCUCGCGCGCACCCUUUUGGCCCGUUGCAUCACCCCCCACUUGUUGAUGGACAUAAACGAUUAUAUAUACAUAAUAUAUAUUUAAACAUAUACACACAUUGAAGCACCAAUUUAAUAAGGGAGAAAAUCCGAUUGUUAUACAAGGGUCAAUUAUGGCUUUAAACUCGGAGGCGACAAAGCUGUCGGCACAGACUGCUUGCAAAUUCGAAUUGUGCAAUUUUGCCACUCGCUCUGCGUCAAAUGAUGACACGCAGUGAAUUCCAACUCCAAAAAUAAUAAUGUGACCUGUGUGUGCACUUGUAAAAUCCUGGAACCAAAGUUGCUCUUGACUAUGGUUAAAUUACACGCAUUUUUACAAAUUCAGAUCAGUAUUACAAACGAGGGAAUUAUAGUUGGCUCUUCCCAUUCCUUGGUAGAGGAAUUUUUCAGUACACAGCCCCACCUCUCUCUUUGCUCCCAGACACACGGGUUGAGAAUCAUUUAUUCAACUAGUCCGACAACCUUUUUGCUUAGACACAAUUCCAAAUUAAGCUGGUAAGACCGACAAAUGAGCGGUUUGUUUAAGUAAGUCGUCAGAGCGAGUGACCUUCCGACCAGCGUUUCAUUUGCCAAAUUUACUAACUGCGUAGAAGGAACGAUAAAGCCCGCGGGUCUUCCAUUGGCAUUUUCGUUGCGAGCUGAAAGUCUCCGCAGCCAGAGCAUAUAGGGGUGAGCCACCCCCAAAAGCAGCAUCCCCCCUUCCACUGGUAGGGUUUCUAUGCGGGUGGAAGGGGCGUGCGCAACCUGUUGAUGUCCUGUGUACAGGCACGGCGACUGCACGGAAGUGACAGAGCUGCCACACUGGAUUCUUUUUGCUGGAGUGGUUAAAGUAGCACUGGAAUUUUAAUUUUGACUGUGCAUAAAGAUUCCUGAGGGUCGAAUUAGGUCAGGCAGCUUAAUCAUUCAUUGUCAUUCGACAAUUCAACAUUACAAGCAGAAAAUUGGCGGAAAGACUAGUUAAAAGAAGGGAGCGGUUCUCUGAUUGGACAUAGCGCUUGUCUAAGAUCCAGACAGCAACGCCACAGCGGCAGCCAGCGCAAGCAAUUUGGCAGGUCAGCCAGCAGCUUGACUUGCCUGUCACUUGACUAGCGCUAUGUCAAAUUGGAGAACCGAUCGCGUCUUUGUUUGAUCAGUGGCAUUCUCUUGGCACUAUUUUUGCUAGGUUCAGAAGAAAACCAGCUUAAGUUCCAAUUUCGGCAUGUCGUGUCGAAUUUUUGACUGGGUGAUUCGGCUUUCUAUUCUUAUUUGACCCUCCGGUAUCAAUUGACUCAAUCAAAAAUGCAAUUUUAGUGCUACUUUCAAUUACCCCAGAGGUAUAGAGGUGCUUUUAAAUUAUUGUUCGAUCAAAAGAAUUUAAAAAUAGAUUAUUGCUUUAUUUCAAUUGCACAGCAGAAUUCACCACCUACCUUUUUUUAGAAAAAUUACUAACAGAGAAUCCAUUGUGCGUGUUUACUGCCGCAGUGCGCCGUGCUUUCUCUAAUGUGUCGUUUCAUUGUGUCUCUCUGCGCGGUAGUUUUCGCGUUUGGUUGAAAGAUCGAUCGACUGUCAUGAGUGUGUGAGUACGUUUGUUAGAUGAGAGAAUUAAUAAAAGAAAGUAUUGAAAAACUCAAUGAAUGGGUGCCCACACAACGCGUCUCUAAUUAGGCUAUGUACUUACGUCAAAGUAUAUCCCUGUUGAUAUAUUUUCCUAUUUGCUAUGUAUUUAAUUAGUUGGUAGGCGCUACUUUUCCAAGUAUUAAAGAAGUACUAAUAAUUAUGAAGAAUUAAAAUGGUUGGUGAUGAGUGCCGCAGCAGCCUCUUCUGUCGUCCAUUCUACGCCAAAUCAAACCUGCGUUUAAAUUGAACAACUCUUUUUUCAUAGCAUCCUUAUUAUCGUAAGCUGUAUAGUGCUUAAUUAUAAUGCAAGGUAAAAGCCUAUUGAAUAGGUCCAAUCCUCUCCAACUUUUUUGUGUCUUUGAACAAAAGAGAAAAAGCGAAAUUAAAUCUAAAACAGCGCUUUGGUUAUGUUUUGUUGAGUUUUCCACGUCGCUCUGUGUUUCUAAUUUAUGCUUCUUGUAAACCUUGUUAAAUUAUUUUGAUAACUAUACCUAGAGACAGACUCCUUGUUUUAAGUGCACUUUGUAUCGCUGUCUUAGAGUGUCGCAAAUUGACGAAUCUUCGCAUCUACGUUAAUAAAAGAAUUAUUUCUGCAAACACUGAACAA